GGAGUGUCUGUGACGGCACUGUGGAUGCGACAAUUGUGCCGGGUAGUCACACACUAAUUGGGGGUCGAGCAGCAUUGUUAAUGAUGUCUUUUUUCACAACAGCGGAGCCCUUCCAUAGAUGAAAAGCGUGACAUGGUCUAGGGAGAAAUUUGCAAGUUCAUUGAGAGAGGGGCGUCAUUGGCCGAGCAUUGGUUACUGGUGAUAGUAAACGAAAUGAAUGAACACAAGUGGAUUGCUGCAGUGUAAUAUAUUUUAUUUAAGGUGCAGAUGCGGAGGGCCAUGAGUGGAAUACUGAAGAGGAAGUUUGAGGAGGUGGAAGCCUCCUCCUCGCCGUGCUCUUCCUUGAGGGAGUCUGAUGAUGAGGUCUCCUGCAGUGAGAGUGGGGAUAGCAGUGACAGUGUCAACCCCUCUGCCUCAGGCCCCUUCACCCCUGACUCAAUAUUGAAGCGGGAGAAGCGCCUGCGGACAAGGAGGGUGCAUUUUGAGAAUGUGACAGUAUACUACUUCAGCCGGCGGCAGGGCUUCACCAGUGUGCCCAGCCAGGGUGGCAGCACGCUGGGUAUGUCCAACAGGCACAGCUGGGUGAGACAGUACUCCCUUGGAGAGUUUGCCCUGGAACAGGAGAGAAUCCACAGAGACAUGCUGAGAGACCACCUGAAAGAGGAGAAACUCAACUCAAUCAGACUCAAGCUGACUAAGAAUGGCACAGUGGAGUCGGAGGAAGCCAACACACUCACAGCCGAGGACAUUUCUGACGAUGACAUCGAUCUGGACAACACAGAGGUAGAUGAAUAUUUCUUCCUGCAGCCCCUCACCACUAAGAAGCGGCGGGCACUGCUGCGCUCCUCUGGGGUAAAGAAGAUUGACGUAGAAGAGAAACAUGAACUGCGGGCCAUCCGGAUGUCUAGGGAGGACUGUGGCUGUGACUGCAGAGUCUUCUGUGACCCAGAGACCUGUGCCUGCAGCAUAGCAGGAAUCAAGUGCCAGGUGGAUCGCAUGUCAUUUCCAUGUGGCUGCACGAAGGAGGGCUGCAGCAAUGCAGCUGGAAGAGUGGAGUUCAACCCCAUCCGUGUUCGGACCCAUUUCUUGCACACCAUAAUGAAGCUUGAGCUGGAGAAGAGUCGCGAGCAGCAGCAAGCCUCCCCCACCAACGGUUACCAUAGUGAAACCAACGGCCUAGGAAACGCCAACUCUCUUGUGCAAUCCCAGCACAGCUUGGAGUACUCCCUGUCAGACCCCGUCCCACAGACUACCAUCAUGCACCUGCAGACCGCAGACGAGAUGGAUGAGCCACUAGAUGACGAAGAGGAGGACGAGGAUGAGGAAGAUGAUGAUGAGGAGGAGGACAAUGAGGAAGAUGAGGAAGACGAAGAGGACAGUAGCAGCGUUUGUAGCGGACUAUCUGACUCCAGCACCCAGAGUUUAGCCAACAGCGACUCUGAGGACGAGGACGAUGACGAGGACGAUGAAGAGAAGUCGGAGAACUUUGAGGAUGGGAUGACGACCCCGCCCGUGUCCCAUACCGAGGUGGUCCCCCUGUCUUCUGUGUUGUGUUACACCGAUGGCACUGUGGCACACGAUAACCAUAUGAAUGGAACCUCUUAUUUAAUCACCCCCUCUUCAGCUGAGUACUAUCAGUUGGAGAGCUCCAGUGCUGUCUCAGCCAAUGGCCCAGCCAGCCAGCCCAGUGAACCCUAUGGAGAGGCCUUAGCAUUCCAAGACGCAGUCAGUACUACCAAUGGAAACAUGCCCCAAGGACCAUUCAGUGUGGCAACUGAGCAGUACACAGAAUACCCUACCCAGGCUGAGGAACAAUACACAGCUAAUCACCAUUUCGCUCUGUCCAAUGGCACGCCAGUCACCCCGCUGGCCUGCUGCACACCUGAACAGGAGAAGAAAGUCCUGUCCAAAGCGGCAUUUGUGGAGCAGCCCGGGCCACAGAACCAGAACCAGACAGAUUUCCAGAACUACCUGAACAAUAACACACAGGAUUCCUACAGCAGUAAUAGCACUUGUUCAGUAGCAGAGCAGCCGCAGCAAAAGUCCAGCGUCAAUGGCCAUUCUGACAUACGCUUAUUAGCAAACAACGCGAAGAACCUCCCAUUACCAGACCAUUGCCCUGAGGUCACAGCCAUUUAGUGGGCCUCACCUUCUUAAGUGUUCUUUCAUUCUGUGUCUUUACUUGAGAACAAAGCCUGACCAAGUGGUAUUUUAAGGGAACAUAUUCAUGGCCUUUUACAGUAUCUGACCUUAAAUUUCAAAAGCAAUUUACAGAACCAUAUUACAUUUUCAUCUGUAACUGUUAAGCCAUAGGUUCAUGAUGGAAAUGUCUCUUUGAGGAUUUAUCCGCUCUUGAGGUUGCUCCAGUACUGUAAACUGCAAGAUGGAAAGAUCAAAAACGUCGAAACAAAAAUGUUAUGCUGUGCAAUGUACCUUGUAAUUUCAGAUGUAAAGUUCUAGUUUUAAGCAGAUAUUGUACUGUAGAUGGAACUUUUCUAUGUCUACUGUAUGUGUCAAAUGUGCAAAAAAAAAAAAAGGUUUAUUGUCACAGUUUAUUUAUUGUUUCUGAAUUAUGUGUAUACUUAUAUAUUGUAAAUGUUUUGAUAACAAUACGCAUGCUGUUUGGGGGAUCUCAGUGGCAUUUAUGAAAAAUUGACCAUUGUUUUAUAAAAAAAACCCAACAAACAAAAAAAACAUGUCAAUAUACAUAAUGUACAUUUCUCUUCUUUUUGUCACUAAUCCAUGCUUUUCUAUGGUUUUGAAAAGCAUGAAAUACCCUGACUUAUACUUUGUAUCUUUGGAAUACAAUGUCAAUAGCAUAAAAAGGUUUCAGACAUGUCAAAAAUCAAUUCAUAGCCUUUUGCACUUUUGUGUAGGGGUCCAAUGGCAUGCAGUUGUUUUUAAAUGAUACAUACUUGAACAGUGGAAUAAUGUGCCCCCUCAGGUGGUUAUGCUCCACUUUUUUAUUGUUCACUCUUUUAUUGUUGUCUCUUGGAAUAAUGUGGUUAUGGGGUGUCACCACAAAUGAAAGAUUUACUCUUUUGAAGCAUUCACUGAUACAGGGAUAUUACUAAAGUAGCACUUUGACAUAUCUCCAAAAGUAUACGAUUCAUUAUGGGAACAACAGAAUAUAAUUAUCAUAAGCAGUAAAUUGGCACAUGGGGCUUCCGUUGACAACAGUAACCAGUCUCUGUCAGAGAAUAUGUACUAGACAUGAUUUUAUUGAUGACCCAAACAAAUAUUAAUUCCAUAAAUUAACUAGCGACAACUACUGCUUAUGAAUGCAGUAUAAGAUCAAAAACACACACAUUCCUCUCAGUUACCGUUACGUUAUUGAUAAUUGAGAUGUUUAUUUAUGCAGAUCUAAUAAUUAUGCUGGUUUGUGCGAUUCAAACGUUAAGUGCAAUAGUUUGAGUGGCUUAAGGCUAUUCAGUGGUUAACUCUCUCUUAGAUGUGAAACCACCAUAAAGCGAACUGAAAAUGGGUAUUGAUGGAAUAUGAUGUCAGAGUGCAGAUGUCAGGGUACUCCAGUAUUAUACAUGGAAGCACCAUCCGUUUAGUGAAGAGACUGACCCACACUUUUGUCAUUUAUAUGAAGAGAAGAAACAUUCAAGGUUGACAAUCAAAGCUUAUUAUCAAAUUUCAUUCAUAUCAGUACUUAAUAACUAUAUGACUGAGUUCUUUGAGCCAUUGAAAAUGACUAAAGAGAUAAAGGGAAAAAAUAUGAUUUACCAAAAGUCUGUAAAUAACCUUUUAACACCUCUUUAUAAAAUUACUGACAUGAAAAGGAAACUGCUUGUGAUAUAUUCAAUGCCUCAUAUCAAAAUUGCAAUUGGGGGACUGCAAUAAUUUAGUGCAUAUAUUUACUACUGUAAUACCUUGCUGAAGUUCUCCACCUUGAGCUCUUUGCUCCUGCAUGAAUAAGGAUAUUUGCCCCUCUUCCAAGCUUGCAAAUAAUGCACCCCUCCAUUGAAAUCAGAAGGGUCAGUACUGAAAUUGUGUGACUGUGCAGUCGCUGGGACCUCUCAUGCCACCUCAGUGGUAAAGUGUACAGACUGCUUGCAGGCAAUCAGUGCCAUCAACAUGGCCUAUCAUACAGAAUAAGUGUGCCAAAGCAUAUGAGAAGGCUAGAUACAGUGACAUUGCAUCCAGUUAAGUAAUCCUGUGUUUGAUUUUUUCAGUAUUUAUUAUGAAUGAUAUAUUGAAAUGUGUAUUUAUUGUGGUUUACUAAAGCAGUCUGUAAUGAGUAAAUUGCUUCUCUGUCUUAAAAUUGUCCUAUGUUUCAUGCUGGUUGUGAGUUGUAAAGCUUCAUGUGCCUGAUUUCUUUAUUUUGAUUCUAUUUCAUAUUCUGUGAAAUGGCAUAAGUUUUGCACAAAAUGGUAUAAAUGUUUCAAUGUGUUUGGUUUCUAACUGUAGAUAAAGCCGACUUCACAUUACAGUAUGUUGAGUUGUGUCAUUUUUAACAUGAUUUUGAAAUAAACUGAAUUGAAAGUC